AUGACCACCGCUCACCGUCCCACCUUUGAUCCGGCUCGAGGCAAAGAAGCGCUCCGUGGCCCGGCCUACCAUCAACGCCUCCUGCCUGCACACACCCAGCUCAAGUUCCGCCAGGCCGGCCAGGGCGGCGAAGCUGACGAUGAACCCCGCGACCUGAGAGCCGAGCUUCUCGCCGCUGAGGCCGCUCACUUCUCCAAGAAGAACGGUGGCGCACCUCCCUCCGCCUCCCCAGAUGACGAUGAGGCGCCUGCCAGCGGCGUGAAGCGCGCUCUUGAGGCGGGAUCACAAGCGGACGGCGAAGAAGAUUUUGAAGCGAAGCGGCGAAGGAUACUGGAGGAGUCAAGAGACAUAGAUGCCGAUUCAGAAGACGACGAAGAAGAGGAUGACGACAGCGACAGUGACGAAGACAGCGAUGAUGAGGAGGCAGAGCUGCAACGUGAGAUGGAGAAGAUUCGGCGUGAGAGGGCCGAGAAGAGGGAGCGUGAAGAAAGAGAGAGGGCCAAGGCCGAGGAGGAGGAGAGAGAGCGGGACAUUGCACUGGGAAAUCCCCUGCUCAACAAGCCCGACUUUAACAUGAAGCGGCGGUGGGACGACGAUGUCGUUUUCAAGAACCAGGCGAGAGGCACAGAAGACAAGGGAAAGAGCAAAGAGUUCAUCAAUGACCUCCUUCGCUCAGACUUCCACCGACGAUUCAUGAGCAAAUACAUGCAUUCCCUUGCUCUUGAAUCAAGUGACAAUGACGACGAGGAAGAGAAGAGCGAGUCCAGACGACAGGGACGUGAUCCUCACCAGGGACAAAACAACUCGGCCGAGAAAGGCGGCGACAUGGCCGACUACCCUGCCUUGAUCGACGCUUUUAAAAUCAUAAAAACCUACAGUGAUGGGGACUCUAAGAGCUCAAAUGAUGAGGGUACGAUUCCGCCGCUGAGAAUCCUGAGGAUUCCGAGGAUUGCGUCAAGGAAAGCCAGCGGUACCGUUUUCCCAAGCGAGUUCUAUAUGAACAAUAUAUUCAAUCAGUCUCCGCAGGCUCUUUUCUCUCACGACCCUUCCUCGAAGCGCUUUACCAACCGGUGCGAUCCACUUGAAAUACUCAUCUACACCGAUGGAGCCUGUUCCAACAACGGCACGUUCGCCGCUCGCGCCGGGUGUGGCGUCGUUUUUAAGCCUGCAACUUCCAGCACGGACACGGGAUGCUUUGGCUUCCGCCUUGAGGAAUGCGGACCUGAUGGUAAGCUAUACCAUCAUACGAGCAACCGUGCCGAACUGCGCGCCGUCAUCGCCGCUUUGCGGUUCCGCUUUUGGCCUGUUGAGGGAUUCAGAAGCCUAGUCAUCGCAACAGACUCGACCUAUGUUGUCAAUGGCGCUACCUCCUGGGCACGUUCGUGGAUGCGCAGAGGGUGGGUUUUGAGCACCGGUAAGCCUGUUAAGAACCGGGACUUAUGGGAAAUGCUGCUCUCGGAGAUCGAAAAGUUCCACGAGAAUGGGAUGAAUGUUCGGCUCUGGAAGAUUCCUCGCAAGCUGAACACCAAAGCCGACGACACUGCCAAGCGUGCGGCUGCUAUCUUUGCAGCGAACCAAAACUUUACUGAUUGUUUGGGACUGCGCGACUGA